AUGUCCGCCUCAAACUUCCUCCAACUACAAACUCGAGCGGCUUACCCACCCGGGAGACCCCAAAUCCAACCUGACAAAGACAUCCAAUUCGGUACAUCUCGCUCUUCCAGCACAUCCGCCUCUUCUCCACGAUCAUCCCCCGAGUCAUCGCCUUCCCACUCACCCUCGACAGACUGGGCCCGCUGCUCUCGCUGUCAUCGCUCUGUCAGUGUCGACGGCUCACUUCCUUCAAUGACUGGCGUCAGCUUUGGAACCAACUCAUACUAUUGCCAACGAUCUCGGCCGGCAAUACACGUCGGUCUUCUGCCAGUGAUGGCAUUACAGACACGAAGGAAGGCAGGAGACGCAAUGACGGAUGAGAUGAUGGAAAAUCUGUUAUGCGUACAGACACGAGCUAAAGGCAAUGCCAUGCUGAGCGCAGUACGCCAAUGCGAUUGA